AUGAAUCGUGCUACUUUGCAUACUGCAGGCAUCGAUCAUGGUGUCUCCACUGAUCGCUCAGCUCUUGUGGUUCCUAGUAGCCAUAGUGAUGGUCAUCGAGGUGGUCGUGGUGGUCAAGGAGAUCGUACAAGAAGUCAUACGCAUGGUCGUGGGGGCCGUAGUGGACCUCAUUGUUGUACUCAUUGUGGCUGUGGAGGACACACUGUUGAUUUCUGUUGGGAUUUAUAUGAAAAACCUUCUGGUGUUGUGAAUCAAGCUUCCUAUCAGGAUGACACCUCUGUUGUUGCUUCCGUACCUCGGUCAGCUCCACCAGACACUAGGUCGGUUACUAUUACAUGA